CUGUAAUUCAUCAUUCGUGGGUAGAUAUAAUUCCCGCGCUGAUUGAGGUGUAUCAUCGUGUCUAGAGCAUAAAGACGGUGCUUGCGAUGUUUACCUUCCGUGGUUUGCCUUUAGGGUUGCUUUUUGGCCUACUUGUGCGCCAAUAUGUCGCAUGCUCUUCAUUAGGAAGCGCUAUUAAUAGCGUCUUUUUACACGUUAACAAUGUGUCGGUUGAGUGUGGCGAUGAUUUGGGCCGUAGAAUCCCUUAUUUCGAUGCUCUUAUAGAGUGUGCUCACGACGCUCAUUGCUGCUUCGUUGCUGUUGACGAGGUGGAUGCUCACACUGAAGGUCCGGGCUUAUCUCGUCUUUGUUCAUCAUGUGAUCUUGCCAACGCUCGUGUGAUGAAGGGAGCCAGGAUUUCUCUAAAAGGAGAGAGGGUUUUUGGCAACCUAGACAAGUCAUUUGGAGUAAUACUGAACAAGCAAGGAAUUUGUGAGAGUGAAGAGUUACUGGGAGAAAUGGCCCCUGUAAUAUCCCUAGCUGCUGCAGCGCGUGAAUGUGACCGUCUAAACUGCGACUACUUCACGAUGUCUACAUUAGAAGGUAUCAACGGAAUUCCUGGCACGGUAAACAAGGCUUGGUUUUGUUCCGGUACACCUAAAGAUGUUUAUUCUGAGGGCUUCAUCACUGUGGUCCGCAGGCGUCGUAAUUACGAGCUCUGAGUUCGUAUUGUAUUACAUGUCAUCCAUUGGAUGUUAAAACCUCUCAUAAUUCGUCGUCCGAAUCAGGUUGUUCGAAGUCGGAAUCAUCGGCAUUGUCGUAGCCCUCUAUAACACUGCGCUUUUUGCAUGAAAAACUGUACUCUUCUAAACCGAAGAGAUUGCGCAACAACAUUGGCAG